AUGGCUGAAGUUACGACACCACGAACUGGUCGGAGUCAGUCUUCCUCACGGGGAGUAACAGUUGCCGCAUCUCAGAGAAGCAAACCAAAGAACGCGCCGUUUAAGUUUCUCCGCAAAGAUGAGGGCCGUCUCUCUUAUACAUGUCAGUUAGAGUCACCACUGGCAGUAAGCACAAACCACAGCAACAGUAUUCGAGACGGCCCAUUAUCGGAACGGCGUGGAUCACGAUCGCUGCGCGAGGCCAUCGCUAACGAUAUGCGAAAGGGAAAGAAUCACGACCCAUUUGAGGCGGUUGUAAUUGCAGUCCCCAAGCGUGCACCUCCACCAAACUCCAGCGUACGCGAUGGAUCGCAGCCUCCACCUGACACUGCACAAGCACUGGAGCGCAGAUUAAACCAGCCUCAACAACAACAACAACAACAACAACAACAACAGCAACAGCAACAGCCGCCGCUGCAGAAACAACAACAGCAACAACAACAACAGAAACCAAAACAACAACAAGUGGCGAGACGACCUGACUGGGUAGAUCCUGAAAUUCCUGAAAAAAAUGGAGAUGUAGCGGUGGUGACCCCCGCAAAGCAGCAACAAUAUGUGCAGCAAUCACGCAUCUCUGAGGAGUCGGAACGAACGUCGGAAUUAGGGGUGCCGCAGCGGUUUAACGCAGGACCUAGUCAUGCCACCCCACGGCGGGAAGCCGAAUAUGAUGAUAUGGUGGAGUGGCAUCAACCACAGCAGCGACGGUGGCGAAACGAUGAUAUGGUGGAUAACGGCAUCAUGCGUCGAGCCACCCCACGUCGCUACGCUGAUCCUGUGGAUGUAGAAAGUGAAUACUCCCGUGGGAGCCGAAAUUUAUUUCGGCGUCCUCAACGGCAAGAGUUUAUUAUGUCACGGGAACAAGACUUAGUAGAACAGCUUGAGGAUGAACUGCGCGCUGCCAAAGAGGAGCGUGCGCGGUAUCACCAGCUGACAAUGCAUCUAGAACGUGAAAGGCAGCGGUUUGAAGACUACUGCAAUGGUGUGGAACGUGGGUUUGAGGUGGAACGUGCGGAGCUGGACGCCGUACGGGCCUCUGGACAAUGGCAAGCGAAGAAGGAUGUGAAAGUGAUAGAGGAACGGUACAAGUCCACACUGGAGUUACUGCGGACGGAGCGGGAGUCAAACAAGAAACUCACAACGGAGAAUGAGAUUCUGCGGCAGCAACUGGAGGGAAUUACGACACGCAUGCGGGAGGCACGCAAGUUGCAGAAGGUGGAGACAAGCCGCCUACGCCGCGAAAUUGAGUCCCUCGCCCACCGUAAUGAGGAACUACUUGAGUUAGCGCGCGAACAACAAAUCGCAGCACUCGAGAGCAGCGCUGGCGUGUCGACGGCGGCAGCCAUAGGCACCGGCUCCCGCCCACAACUGCAGGGAGGUGGGUCGAGCACACGGCGGAGUAGCGAAGAUCCAUACGACCUUGUGGACGACUAUCAGUCAGAGAACGGUGAACUCGAAGAAGAAGAAGAAGAACAACAAAAACAACAACAAGUGCAACAAGUGCAACAACAACGCACUGAUGAUGUAGAGGAGCGUGAGCGUGAGCGCAAACGUCUCGAAUUAGAGGAACGCAGACGUCAUGACGCGGAAGAAAGGGAACGCAAACGUCAUGAAUUAGAGGAACGCAGACGUCAUGAAGCAGAAGAAAAGGAACGUAAACGUCUUGAAUUGGAGGAACGUAAACGUCAUGAAUUAGAGGAACGCAGACGCCGUGAAGCGGAAGAAAAGGAACGUAAACGUCUUGAAUUGGAGGAACGCAGACGCCGUGAAGCGGAGGAAAGGGAACGUAAACGUCUUGAAUUGGAGGAACGCAAACGUCAUGAGGCGGAAGAAAAGGAACGUAAACGUCAUGAAUUAGAAGAACGCAGGCGUCGUGAAGCGGAGGAAAAGGAACGUAAACGUCUUGAGUUAGAGGAGCGCAAACAAAAGGAGCGAGAAGGGUCUGUCCGUCGUCAGACUGAUGAGCAAGAACGUAAACAACAACAACAACAACAACAGCAACAAGAACAACAAAAACAACCACCACCACCGCCACAACAACAACAACAACAACAACAACAACAACAGCAAGAAUCGCACUCAGUGUCAAAGGAGGAGGCGGAAAGUAAAACACAGGAGCCACGCGUGCAGCGGCGAGCUGCUGGUCACCCCAUUCAUACACCCCGUGCCCAGCACAGCAAGACCACUGGAAACGAAGCGCAGCCGCAUGUUUCCCCACGCACAGGGACUUCUUCAGUUUCGCGUAGACCUCGCCGUACACCUACCGUAGCAGAACUUAUAGCUGAUGAUGAGCCUGUACCAACUGAAGACUUUGCAAAUGAUGUUGUGGUUUCUCAGGCAGCUCUAGGUGAGAACCCAAACAAACGUGAGGUUUUGUAUCGUAGUGGCAAACGUGAAAUCCACUAUGCUAAUGGUACGCGAAAGGUGAUCCUCCCCUCUGGCCAUGUAGUGCUGUACUUUACUAACGGAGAUGUAAAACGUACAUUCCCAUCUGGAAAGAGUAUGUACUGGUACGCUGCCGCACAGACGACACAUGUACAACAUGCGGAUGGAGUGCAGGUAUUUCAAUUUCACGCCUCUGGACAAAUUGAGCGACACCUACCGGACGGCAAAAAGGAGAUUCUCUACCCUGACGGCAUUUACAAAGUUAUUUUUGCCGACGGACGUGAUGAGACAAUAUUUCCAGAAGAGCUAUAA